AUGUCUGGGACUACAGAUCAGAAGACUAAAGUGUUCCAGCCUGAAUCUCGAGUACUGGGUAGAACUGAACACAGUUGGUGUCGCGCGGUGACUUGUGGCACUGGAGUCACUGUGCUGGGGUUGCAAAUGACUAAACCACGGUUCGUAAUCUCGGUUCUACACAGCGUACUUGCUAAGCUCCAAAGUAGCCACCCUCUCCUCGGAUCCAAACUUCACUAUAACACCUCAACGAAAGAGUUCUCAUUCCUCAACUCCGAGGCUUCUCCGCCUAUCAAAAUCAAAUCGUUCGAUCCAUCAUCAACCUUACAGCUCCUUAAAAACCUAAACAACAAAGGAAACUCUAAAAAUCUUUCUCCAUUUCAUUUACUCUUGGAGCAUGAGCUGAACAGCAACAAAUGGUCUGAUCCCAAUUCCUUCCCAUCUAAUGGCAUUGAUGUAAUGUUUGCUAGUGUAUACACAUUGUCUGAUGCAAAAUGUGUUAUCGUGCUUCGGUUUCACACUGUGAUAUGCGACCGGACCACGGCCGUGUCUUUGCUCAGGGAGCUGAUGGAACUGGCGAAGGACGGUGAGAAAGGCGAGGUGCAGAAGGGAAUAGAGAAUGAUAAGGAGGGUGACUUGGGAAUUGAGGAUCUCAUUCCAAAUGGGUUGGCAAAGAAGACAUUCUGGGUUCAUGGCAUGGACAUGUUGGGAUAUUCUGUGAAUUCAUUGAAACUCACAAAUUUGAAGUUUAAGAAUGUGAAGUGGCCCAGAUGUUCCGAGGUUGUGAGACUACAAAUGAACACACAGGACACGGACAGGAUUUUUGUUGGUUGCAAAUCUAGAGGCAUUAAACUGUGUGGGGCUCUAGCAGCCGCUGGAUUAAUCGCGGCGCAUUCUUCUAAAGGCAAUCCUGAUCAGACAAAGAAAAAAUAUGGAGUGGUGACUCUUACCGAUUGCCGCUCUAUUCUUGAACCACCUCUUUCUGGUCACCAUUUUGGAUUCUACCACUCUGCAAUCCUCAACAUACACACUGUCAAAGGAACUGAAAACCUGUGGGAUUUGGCGAAAAGGAGUUACUUGGCCUUUGCAGGUUACAAGAAAUGCAACAAACAUUUUUCAGACAUGGCUGAUCUAAACUUCUUGAUGUGCAAAGCCAUUGAAAAUCCUGGCUUAACUGCAUCAUCAUCGCUUAGAACUUCAUUCAUCUCGGUAUUUGAGGAUCCCGUGCUCGAUAAUUCUAAUGAAAUGCAGAAAGAGCUUGGAGUAGAGGACUACAUGGGAUGUGCUUCUAUCCAUGGAGUUGGACCUUCCAUCGCCAUUUUUGACACGGUACGAGGUGGUGAACUGGAUUGUCUUUGUGUUUACCCAUCACCAUUGCAUUCAAGGGAGCAGAUCAAUGAACUGGUCGAUCAUAUGAAGAGGGUUUUGAUUGAUGCAAGUUUGAUUGCCUGA